AUGGCCGAUUUACAAGGGCGCAAGGUCUUCAAGGUUUUCAACCAGGACUUCAUCGUAGACGAGCGCUACACCGUCACAAAAGAAUUAGGACAAGGUGCUUAUGGUAUAGUCUGUGCCGCCGUGAACAACCAAACAAACGAAGGCGUUGCCAUCAAGAAAGUCACCAAUGUAUUCAGCAAAAAGAUUCUCGCCAAGCGCGCCUUGCGCGAGAUCAAGCUGCUCCAGCACUUUAGAGGACAUCGUAACAUUACCUGUCUCUAUGAUAUGGACAUUCCACGCCCUGAAAACUUCAACGAGACCUACCUGUAUGAGGAGUUGAUGGAAUGCGACUUGGCUGCCAUCAUUCGCUCCGGCCAACCCCUAACCGACGCACACUUCCAAUCCUUCAUCUACCAGAUACUAUGCGGCCUCAAAUACAUUCACUCGGCAAAUGUCCUACACCGUGACUUAAAGCCCGGUAAUCUGCUGGUAAAUGCAGACUGCGAACUUAAAAUCUGUGAUUUCGGUCUCGCCCGCGGUUUCUCUGUCGACCCCGAAGAGAAUGCAGGAUAUAUGACUGAAUACGUAGCUACGCGAUGGUACCGUGCUCCUGAAAUUAUGUUGAGCUUCCAAAGCUAUACAAAAGCUAUCGAUGUCUGGUCUGUGGGCUGUAUUCUUGCCGAGCUUUUGGGAGGACGACCCUUUUUCAAAGGUCGUGACUAUGUCGACCAACUAAACCAAAUUCUUCAUAUCUUGGGAACCCCGAACGAGGAGACACUAUCCCGUAUUGGAUCAUCUCGUGCUCAGGAAUAUGUCCGAAAUUUACCAUACAUGCCUAAAAAGCCUUUCCCAACACUAUUCCCCAAUGCCAACCCCGACGCACUAGACCUCCUAGAUCACAUGCUGGCCUUCGAUCCCUCUUCACGUAUCAGCGUCGAGCGCGCACUCGAGCAUCCUUAUUUACAGAUAUGGCACGAUGCUUCAGAUGAGCCUGAUUGCCCAACCACCUUCAACUUCGACUUUGAGGUCAUUGAUGACGUCGGAGACAUGCGCAAGAUGAUUAUGGAAGAGGUAUUCCGAUUCAGACAGCAUGUCCGAACCGAUCCAAACACUGCUGCACAGAUGCCUGGCGUACAACCUGCACAACCCGGCCAAGUACCGAUGCCAGAAGGUGGAAGCCAAUGGAGAGCCGAAGACCCACGGCCACAAGAGUAUAUAGGCCAGGUCGGAAGUCUCGAGGGCGAGCUUCAGGCUGGGCUGGAUGCUGGUAGACGAUAA